AUGGCCCGGGCUGCCGAAUAUCGUCCUCACCAAGGGCUCAAGGACAUCCUGCGAAGACAGAUUCAAGCAUCUUCGACGCUCAGAACGGCGUGGCGGAACAGUACGAGCACGCGCACAAGCGGAAGAACGACUUCAUCAAAGCCACCGCCUCGUUUCAUGACUCAGCCACCGGUUUCAGUGAGCGCUUCCUCUGGUGUUUCUUUUUCAAUGUCAUACUCUACCGCCCCGCCUCAGAUAGGCGAUGACGGCAAUGCCAUCGUGCCCAUUGUGCCGAUUCCUAUUCCCAUUCCUGUCCCUGUUCCGGUUCCUGUCCCGGGAGUUCCUGGGAUUCCCGGGAUUUUGCCUCCCUUCGGGGGCGGCGGCGGCGGCGGCGGAGGAGGAGGCGGAGGAGGAGACGAUCCCGGUGGUGGUGACGAUGGCAAGAACGAUGACGAUGAUAACAACGAUGAUGAUAACAACGAUGAUGAUUCGCAAUCUACGCAAUCAUCUUCUCCAAAGACGACAGAGUCAUCGUCUCCGCCAGAAGCUACACCGACGCAAUCACCCACGUCGUCGAUAGCAAGCUCCACCACCACUUCCGCAGUUUCUUGCUCGUCCGAGCCACCGCUUCCACGGCCCAAAGCCGGGCCCAACAGGUUUCUCGACCAAGACGGCCUCCCCCAAGCGUUCUUUGACGAAUUGGUCGCCAAACCAGCCAGCACAACGAGCCACACCACCUCGAAGGCGCCCAACGCGGCAAGUAGCACAACAGCUAGGGCACCAGCCAGGACAACAGCACCAGCAGAGCCUUUGUCUCCACCUCCGGAUUCAGCAGUCCAACCCGUUCCUUGUUACAACUUUGAUGCCAAGAAGUACGGGUACUGCUGCGCUACGCCAGACAACCCUUGUAAGAACGACCGUGAUGAUAGAUGUUGGUUCGGCGGAGAAGGUGUUUCUGGAGGGGCGAGUAACGUUUUGCCUAAUUUUGCGCGAUGCCCGCCUCCUCGAGGUGCCCGAUACCGGGUGCCGAGUAUUGCAGAGCCCGCUGAGGAAGUUGAGAGCUGGCGCUGA